CUACGUUGUUUCCCCAGCUGUUUUAGAUAAAUAAUACGUAGUUGAACACGGUGAAGGUUAUUUUUUAACAAGACAACUAAAUUUGCUGUCCCCUUGCUACAAAAAUACUUUUAAUUUUAUUUUAUUGGGGGUUUAUUUGGGUCAAAUUGUCAAGCUAACUUCCAUUUGCCCACAAGAGGGGGACGUUCGUUCAUACGGAACUCUUCUCGUGAACACGGGACAUACGACCCCAUUUAAAGAAGGCACCACAUCACACGUUUAGACGGAAAUAUAUAUUUUAAACCACAAAAUUAAUAAUUAAAAAUUUAAUUAAAAUUAAAUUAAAUGCUCAAGAUUUGGGUUAUUCUUUCACGGUGCAAGCAUUCAGUUACAUUAGCCUGUAUUUAUCAUAUAUUUCGUAGGCAGUUAGUCGCCAUUUAUUCAAAGAAACAAAACCAGUCACGGCCAGUCGACGUUGUUUUUGCGUCGUGUAGAAGGUGAAUAAUACCUUAUUGAACACGGUGCAGGUUAAUUUUAAUGCAGUGUUGACAAGAAAACUGAAUUUACUGUCCCUUGCGACAAAAAUACAUUUUAUUGUGUUUUAUUUAGGGUGUGUUUGGGUCAAAAUUGUCCGGCCAACUGACACCAUGACUGAAACAACUAACUGGCCGUUUGGUUCAGUGCUGGGGAGGGAGAGCGUGCGAGCAUUGGCUGUUGGGAGCAGCUCGACCGCCAUGGUGAAGAACGUGUUACGUCACAGCUCCGAGAGCACGGAUGUGUGUGUGUGUGUGUGUGUGUGUGUGUUUGAUAGAGAGAGAGAGAGAGAGAGGCAGAGAGAGGAUAGUGUGUGUGUGUUUGAGAGAGAGAGGGUGAGAAGAGGUAGAAGAAGUAGGAUAAAAGUGCCGGCUCUGUGCUCUCAGCUCGGGAAACUAAACUUGCUGAGAGUUGUCCUGUUACCGGCGCUACCGGACUGUGAGCUCUCGAGGUGGGAACAUACAAGCGAGGAGGAGAAAAAAAAAAAAAAAAAAAAAAACCUCCGGGAUGGUGGUGGACUCCCGCUUCCCUCGCGCUGGCGGCCCGGGAAUCACGCGCCAUUGAAAGAAGGCGGCGGUGGGGGGGUGAUACUCCGCGUGCAUGCGCUUUGGCUUCGCUUGCGUGCACGCUCGGGUCGGUUCGUUCGAUGCGAGCAGCUCGUGGCUCUCGGCCUCCAUUUGCCAGUUUGUGUGUUCGAGGGAUUCAACCGAGGCCUCUCUUUCAACGACGACGACGACGACGGAGGAGUGCAACAGUUGGAGUUGUUUUUACCGUGAACGUUAUGUCGCUACCGUAGAAACACGAGGCAUUCAGCGGUAAAAAGGUAUCAAAUGAAGUGUGACAGCCUUUGGUGAUGCCUGCCACUGACCCUGAACCUGCAUCGAUGGAGGACCUACAUGCAGUGAAGGAUGAGGAGGGGAGCUCGACUAACAUCCCCAUCUCGGCUCCUCCGAUCACCGUCCCUGCUUCAACUCCUUUUGAUCCAACCACUACAAGACCGAAUAAUCUCCCGACUGAGACAAUGAUUGAGAAAAGAGCCGUCUCCAUGGCAAGUAAUGAUUGUAGCUCAGCUCUCUCUUCACCUGCUGAAGCCAGCCCGGCCAAGCCUGCUGCAACAUCACCUACUACCAUUGAAGGGACUGUUGAAGGAAGCCAAGCUACCUCACAUAUAGCAUCAGCAUCAGACUCGCUAACAUGCACAGGGACGAGCAUGGUCAACAUAUCAGAAGCACCACUAACAUUGUCUGUGUUGCCGUCUACCACAUAUGGCAGUCGAGGCCUGGGAAAUAACUUUCCUACUGUGUUGACCUUCAAAGGUGUCAGCGUCACUCUGGAGAGCCACAACGUGUGGAAGCAGUUCUACAGUUGUGGAACAGAGAUGAUUCUCACUAAACCGGGGCGACGCAUGUUCCCAUACUGUCGAUAUCGCCUGACUGGUCUAGAGCCUGACCGGCAGUACAGUCUGGUCCUUUCCAUUGUUCCAUCGGACCAGUACAGGUACCGCUGGAGCACAUCCAAAUGGGAGGUCAAUGGACCAGCAGAGCACCAGGGCCAGGGUCUGAUCCGGGCAUUUUCCCACCAUUACUCACCCAGUCGAGGCUCAGAGUGGAUGGGUAGCUUGGUGUCCUUCUACAAACUCAAACUGACCAAUCAUAUCCAAGACCAGGAUGGUCAUAUAAACCUAUACUCCAUGCAUCGCUACAUUCCCAGGCUACAUGUGAUACCUGUCCUGGAUGGGGACCCACCCACACCUGACAAGCCGGUGGUUAUGGGACCAGAGAGCAUGACCUUUACUUUCCCGCAAACUGAAUUCAUGGCGGUGACGACUUAUCAGAACUUUCGGAUCACCCAGCUGAAAAUUAAUCAUAAUCCGUUUGCAAAAGGCUUCAGGGAGGACGGGCACAACCCCCGCCUAAACCGGAUCAUUAAUGAGGUGAAGACAGACACUCAGCCUGCUAUCUUAAAACCUGCUGAACUCAAUGAAAACAAGGAGAAGGUUGCGGAUAUGAGCGCGAAGAAUCCCACCGUCCCUGCUUCUCUCUCCAAUGAGCAAGAGACCAGACUGGUCCUGAAGCCCAUAAUGUCUACCUCUUCCACUAAGGAUGAACCCUUUGUCCCCUGUAUAAGAGGAAAGCAUGCCCUUGGCGAGCUUGUGCUUGUCCAACAACGUCCACUUGUAGAACACAAGGAAGAAAGCCAUGCUGCAACAUCCACAACCCCUAUUUCCUCAAAGUCUACACCGGGAUCAUCACCUAGGUCCCGCAAGAAGAGGAAGAAGAUUAACAGACGCUGGGCGAAUUCACGGGGAAGUAUGUGGAAAGCUCCGGCUGCCUCCCCCACGGUACACCACAGCCCAUCGUUGACUGUCGCUAUGCAACCAGAGCUGGAUGAUGUAGAAGGCCUGCUGUUUGUGUCAUUCACCUCAAAGGAAGCUCUUGAGGUUCACGUUGGGGACAAGCCAGCCAGUAGCACACCAUCGGCAUCUCCAGUUUCCCUAAUGACGCCGAUGCAGUGGAAGGGAAAAGUGGAGGUGAUUCCAGAGACUGAUGAGGAGAAGAUAGCCCGGUUGGAGGCGAUCCUGCUGCAUGACCUCAGGGUUCUCAAACACAGACAGGUCAUCCAUCCUGUGCUGCAGGAGGUGGGCUUGAAGUUAAGCUCCCUAGACCCAACAAAGUCCAUCGACCUGCAGUAUCUGGGGGUUCAUCUGCCACUGCCUCCCCCAAACCUACCAGAACAAGACAACGCCAAGGCUCUGUCUCCUGGUGAUGAGGGAUUAUCCUUCAUCUCCCGGACGGGAAAGACAAGUGACAUGACAAAAAUAAAGGGAUGGAAAAACAAGUUCAUAGGAAGCAAAGAAACGUCUCCUUCUAACUGUGAUGGAUCACAAAAGAACCUAUCUGCCUUCUGCAGCAACAUGUUGGAUGAGUACUUGGAAAGUGAAGCCCAGUAUAUCAGUGAGCGCGCUGAUGCCUUCUCCACACACUCUGAGGGCUCUGUUGCCUAUCAGCUGCCUGUGAAGAGCUCCAGCUAUGUGAAAACCCUGGACAGCGUACUCAAGCAUCGUAAAGCUGCUGCCAAAUUCCCCGUGGUGGCCAACAGACCCUGCCCCCUUUCUUUCAAACCCCUCCUUUACUCUGCCCUGGCGUCACCGGCUCCUCCUCUGGCCAGCCCGAAGACCUCUCAGACCCCCGUUCAAGCUGGAGCUCAGCCCAUACAGCAGUCUGCAUCUCUAUCUCCACAGCCAGCAGCACAGAGACUGCCUACAUACCAGCCAGCGGUCAGCCAGAGACCAGGGGCGAGCUUUAGCCAGAGCCACUGGAUGGCACACAGACCUUCAGGCUUCACCAAGUUCCAGCUCAAACUGCUGCAGAUGGAGUUUGGAGCCCUGAACCAGGGUCAGAGAAGAACCCAGCUGACUCCAGACAGGCUGUCGGUGGCUCUGUCUGGUUUGCUGACAAAACAGAUGCUUCCCAGUCAGGUGUCGAGAGUAGUCCAGUGUCCAAAGUAUAAAGCGGAGGGACCUGAAUGUGGUCAGGAGUUCUGUACGCUGGGCUGCAUCUGUUCCAGUCUCCGGCAUCCGAGCAGAGCUCCCUUCCACUGCCGGCGGCCUGAAUGCAUGUUAGGCUGUGGCUGCUUCAAACGCAAGAUCACCAAGCAGCUGAGCGCGAUGGAGAGUGAAGAUUCAAUCCAACCUGUUUACUCUAUGAUUAGUAUGGAUCAUUUGAUCCAGCCUCACCCGGGCGCCCAUGCUAAAAAACUGUGGAAGCGCCCCAUUGAUGAUGUGGAUCCAGAGCCGGUCUUCAUCCCCAAAAGUGCCCCACUGUGUAUUGCCCCUGUAAAGGUCCUAAAACGCUGCAGUGCACCUCGUCCAACGCAACCGGUUCGAGAAGAGGAUAAGGAUCCAGUGUAUAAAUACUUGGAGAGCUUGAUGACAUGUGCACGUGUAAGAGCGUUCAACAGCAAGCCUCCCCCUGAACUCACCCUUGAGCCCAAGAUCAUUGAUGCUCCGACACCAAACACAGCAAAACCACAGAAGACAACCACUGAUAACCUGCCGAAAAGUACUUCAGAACGGUAAUGGCUGUUAAAAAAACAG